AUUUCUGGAUUUCCGGGAAAGAGACGUCAGGCUUAUGUAAUAAGCGUUCCGCCUGACACUACAUAGCAUACAUGAUAAAUCCACGAGAUGACAUUUGGAUGCGAAACAGAGAUUGAAGAUGAGGUGACCAUUGACCAGUAUGAAGAUGUUGAACACCUGGCCAGUAUGUGAUUAGAGUAAAAAUCUGACCAUAACAACCCGAACAACCAACAUGGCUGACCCGCAGACCUAUGCAGAUGCCAUGAGGAGGUUAGAGGGGAGUGGGAGAAAGCUUGGCUCCCACAAUUUCCCUGGGGCAGUAAGACAUGAUGGCAGUUUGAUUAUGACCCAGAAUAUGUGGAUAGAAUUUGCCAACAUGGAGUCAAAAAAUGCCCGCACCAUGGCUCUCCCCAGGGGGAGAGGAAUCGAUACAAUUUUUGUGAUUGACAUCUCAGCAAGCAUGCUAGGGGAGCCAUUUGAAAAGGCAACUAAUUUUAUACUGACUUUUCUAGACAUGAUUGAGAAUAUUAAUAGUCGGCAUCGUCUAAGUGAAAACGUUGCCUUGGUGACGGUCGGACAUAAGACAGAAGUGCUGCACCACCUGACCUCUGAUUACAGAGCGCUGAGGACUAAGCUUGGGUCAAUACAGGUGGAAGGACGCACUCCAAUGAUGGCUGGCCUCUUCAUGGCGUUGUCAGCCAUUAAUGGGCGUGGCUCAAUCACAGUGAUGAAUGGCGUCCAUGUCCACCCCAGAAUUAUCGUAUUGACAGACGCAAAGUUUACAGACUCUGAGUCGACAACAGGACAAGAAAGCAGCAUGUAUGAUCAGCAAGAGAUUGACGAUGAGAUAUUCCAACUGGCUGCCAGACUUGGGACGGAGCAUCACUCUAUCCACUGCGUAAAUGUUGGUGAUGUCGAAAACCCAGACAUUUUAGCGAAGAUUGCGCAGGUGACAGACGGCAGUGUGAUCGGUUAUGACGCGGGAAGUGUGAAAAAGCUUGGUCGACACUUCAAGAACAUGGCUGCAGUGACUCGCAUGCGUAGGAACUUUCCCCUGAGUUGGAAGGACAGGGAAAAUUUGGAGAGUGUCGUGAAAAGUUAUGAAAGUGAUGUCGAACAGACUGAUAUAGAUGACAUGAUGGCAAUGCUGCAGUAUAAGCUGACUGAUCCCGUGGAGGAGGACAGGGAGUACUUAGAUGGUUCAGCGCCCGCCCUGGGCACACGGGUGGUAAGGGGACCACACUGGACCAAUAACAUUGAAGAUGGGGAAGGGCCUGGUACAAUUGUCCAACAUUCACGCAAACAAGGCUCUGUGACCGUGGAGUGGGAUCUGACAAGGGUUAGAGGAGAGUACAGCUAUCAAGAAGGAAAGAAGCAAAUAGUAAUUAGCCAUGUACAACGACUUCUAAUGGAUGACGAUCUGAUUGCGCCGGGCUGUCUGGUAUGUCGCGGUGAUGACUGGCAGUGGGGGUUCCAGGACGGAGGACCAGAAAACGUUGGGGUUGUGUAUGAUGUGCAGCAGAACGGACUAGUACAUGUACGGUGGCCAAAUGGUCAUUGCAAUUGGUACCGAUUUGGGGCCGAGGGUAUGUUUGAUGUCAGAAUAUGGGAGCCCUCUGAUAGUCAAAAUGAAUUUGGAGCUCAAUCCAAACCAUUUAACUCAGAAAAUACAGUCUUGCCACCAAAGUCACAGGUUGUGACCUCCGCCACUAGUCUACAAAACAAACCGUCCCACACCACACCCGUAAAUGAUGUGCCUGAAACAGGUGCACGUGGUCGUACAGCACCGUCUAACACCACAGUGACCACACCCAUAAGUGAUGGGCCUGUAACAGGUGCACGUGGUCCUGCAGCACCGUCUUACACCACAGCGACCACACCCAUAAGUGAUGUGCCUGUAACAGACGACCCUGGACCCGGGCCAGAAAGGAAACACGUCCUUCCACCAAACACCACACCAAUGUCGACAACUUGUCAACCAGUUCAAGAUACCAGUACCAGGGGGCCACAAACAAACCAGGCACACAGCGAUGGGCCAAAGUCACUAAGUGAUCAGAGAGACUUGUCGAUUGAUCAUGCCUCAUUAAAAGGAAACGGGGACACAAUAGAAGAGGUGACCUCUGACGCUAAGGAAGAUAUAGUUUACACACAGGAAGAUGUUGAGUGGUGUUGGUAUGAUAAAAAGCAGGAUAAGUGGAUUACAUUCUCAGAAGCCAAUACAAUCAUUCUUGAGGAGGAAAAAAAGAAAAACAGAAAAAAAGGUUGCAAAAAUGUCAAGAUCAAUGACAUAUGGUUCAGAGUGUAUUUGAGUACCAUGAGGUUGCAAAAGGUGAACAGUCGAGAAAGUACAAAAGUAAAACGAGCAGUGGUACCCAGAGUCAUCAAAGGCAUGAGGAAGGAGCUGGUGGACAAGUACAUGAAACUUCUUGCCAGGGGAAGUUACCCAUCCUCAAAUAUCCGUCUCAUGGUGGUGGGCAACGAUCGUGUGGGUAAGACGUCACUUUGUCGUAAUAUGCUUAAGGACGAAAAAUUUGGAAACACUGACGGAACAGAUGGCAUUGAUGUAUUUGUCAACAGCUACCAAAUAAACACCGCAACGAAAAAGAGAAAGAAACUAGGGGUGACUGAGCAUGUGAUUGCCAUGCAGAAAUUGGCAUGUGCAACUGCUUAUGGGAAGCCCAGGACAGAAGAGGAGGAGGAAGAGGAGAUGCCAGAAGAAGAAGAGCAACAGCCAGAAGAGACAGACUCCGUGCCCCAUUUUCCUCCACAAAUGUCCAUUGAGCAGCCAGCCACUCUUCCAGUGACCCCAACUCCUGCCACUGAAUUGGAAAAUAGUAUUGAGCAGAUCAAUAUAAACCAGCCAAUCAUUUUCUCCGAGACAACCCAUCCAAUCAUAAGUAACUAUGUUGUUGGUAAACAUACUGGUGAAAUAUCCAUCCCUGAGUAUGUAAAACGGGACGUGGACUACAUCCUAGAUGAAGCUGGUAAACUCCAGACAGCAGGGACGGGAACAGAGCAAGGAGACAUUGCCUACUUAUCUAUGUGGGACUUCGGUGGAGAGAAGAUCUUCUACGACAGUCACCAUAUCUUCCUCAGCAAGGAUGCAGUUUACCUCCUCUGUUUUGAUGUCAAAAAGUUGCAAGAGGAUCAAGAUUUGGAACCAAUACUGUUCUGGCUUCGAUCCAUUGCCACCUACUCUGAGUGCACUGGCAAGUCAAAGGGACCCCCUGUCAUCCUCAUCGGCACGCACACUGAUCAGAUGGAUGGAACAGAAGAAGAAAAAGAAGUUAAAUUUCAAGAAAUUUGUGCGAGAAUCACUGCUAACGCUGAUGUUCAACCAAUCAAAAGCCUGAUCAUGAACUACUUUUGUGUAGACAACAACAAAGAAAAUGACGCAAAGUUUGACAACAUCCUUGAUGCCGUCAUCGAAGCUGCCGAAUACCAAUCACAGUGGAAGAUGGAUGUCCCAACAAAAUGGCUAGCACUUGAGCGUGAAAUCAUGAAAGUGAAGAAAGACAAGGUCAAAACAUUUGAAGAAAUUGUUAAGAUGGAUGGGAAAAUGGAGGCACCAAUAAAAGAUGAAGAGGAAAUCCGAAUGUUCCUCAGGUAAAACCUUUUGUUAAAGAGUAGUAAAAAAUGUAAUGCUAUUAUAAGCUAGGUAUGUUCUUAACGCAAGACAUUUUUAGGGGCAAUGCCACCCUCAGCGAAGGAUGUUGCUAAUUCUGUAGGAGUAAUACCACUCACAGUAUAGAGAGGGAUGUUGUUUAUUCUGUAGGAGUAAUGCCACUCACAAUACAGUGAGGGAUGUUGUUAAAUCUGUAGGAGUAAUGCCACUCACACUACAGUGAGGGAUGUUGCUAAUUCUGUAGGAGUAAUGCCACU